AUGGCCAAGAAUGUCCCAAAUGUGCCCCAGGGGAUUCAGAUCGGGGCUCAUGGCGGGCCAAGUUUAAUUAGUGGAGAGACUGUUAAUAAACUGUUCCGUCGCGUGCCUCUCUUUGCCGACUUAAAGCCGACAGAUCGUCCACUGGCAUCGUGUGAUGUCGCGAACCUGGUACAGUGUGCCAGACAGUGUAGCAAUUUUGCGGCGUGUUUCGGCUUCUUCUACGACAAAAACGCCAGUCUGUGUUCAGUGUACGACGUUAGCUUCAACACACUGUCGUUUAAACAACAGGAUGGGAUAAAAGCUUACACACUUUUAUCAGGCGUUACGUCCGACUGCUAUGACGUCAUGAUGAAUGGAGGAGCGACCAAUGGUCUUUACGCGAUUUUACCACGUGACAAUGGUCCUCCAAUCAAUGUUUCUUGUGAAAACAACUCCAUCAAUGGAGGCUGGUUGGUUAUUCAGCGACGGACUGACGGGUCGGAGAGUUUCAACAGAACUUGGAAUGACUACAGGGACGGGUUUGGCGAUUUGAACAACGAGUUCUGGUUAGGAAACACAAACAUCUAUCGUAUAACCAACCAGGGUCACUAUGAUCUGAGAAUUGACUUGGAAGACUUUGACGGAAGCACUAGGUACGCUCUGUUCAAUAACUUCUACCUGGCGUCAGAAGAAGACCACUUCCGGUUGCAAAUAGGAACGUACACAGGAACCGCUGGCGAUGGUCUGAGUUACCACAACGGCUACAAUUUCUCGACGUACGACCGCGAUUCCGACACAGCACCGUCCAGCAACUGCGCGCAGGUCUGUAAAGGAGCAUGGUGGUACGGGAACUGCCAUCUUGCCAACCUGAACGGCCUCUACCUCAAGGGAAAUCACUCUGACCACACUGACGGCAUGAGCUGGACGCCGUGGAAGGGUCCGUAUUACUCGCUGAAGAAAUCUGUCAUGAAGAUCCGACCCAGUCCCAGGAUCGUUUGA